AUGGCUUCAACAGGGUCUCAACAUCUCUUCAUAUUCCUCCUCUGUUACCAUCUCUGUUUCACUCCUGGUACAUCUGCUGGAAAGCUGGAAGGUGUAGUGUUUUCUCUAUCCCGGAGGGUAUUAGCUGACAGUUUCCUCUUGAAAGCAAUUAGGCAUGAUGUGGUCAAUCCACCAGUUACUUAUCCUACAAAUCCAAUGACUAAUCCAGUGACUAAUCCAGUAACAACACCAAAUACUGUUCCUCCUGUUGUUACUGUUCCAGGUACAAAUCCCAUUGGCGCUGCAACACCGACUCCUGUCACCACUCCAACAACACCAGUUCCUCCCGCGGUACCUGCCCCUGUCCAGGUCCCACCCACAAAUCCGGUUAAUCCAGUAACUCCGGCUGUGCCAGUGACCAAUCCAGUGGCGCCGCCUACUAACCCCGUCACCACGCCUACAAACCCUGUCACGACGCCUACUAACCCUGUCACGGCACCAGGACAGGUUCCUGUCACGCCUCCUGCGACAAACCCUGCUCCAUUUCCGGUAACUAAUGCCCCCGCAAUUCCAGGGCAGAGCUGGUGUAUUGCUAAGAGUGGAGUACCAGACACUGCACUUCAGUCAGCAAUUGAUUAUGCUUGUGGAAUAGGAGGUGCAGAUUGUACAACCAUUCAGCAAGGUGCAUCUUGUUAUAAUCCUAAUACAAUGCAGAAUCACGCAUCAGUCGCAUUCAAUAGCUAUUAUCAGAAGAAUCCUUCUCAAGCUAGCUGUGACUUUGGGGGAACGGCCAUGAUAACAAAUGUCAAUCCGAGUACUGGUUCUUGUGUGUACGCAUCAUCAGCUUCGGCAGCGAUACCAGGGGCAGUCACCCCUUCAACAGCAUCUUCAUCAGGAACGACGCCAAUUAGUUUUGGUACUCCUCCAUCUCUUCUAAAUGCAAGCAAUCCAGCUUCAGGAACCACAACUGCAGGUUAUGGAGAUAGCCCCUCUAGUUCAAUCGCUUCAACAUCCGCCUCAAACCAUUUCCAGCCCGCCAGCAGUUUCAUCUUCUUGAUGAUCACAGCCACUAUUGCUUGGACCUUAGUCUUCUGA